AUGCAGCAUAAGGCCAGACACCCGCUUCUAAGGUUUAAAAUUAUUCAUUAUUACAUCAUCCCAUUCAUUGCAUUGGUAGUAUGGUGGGGGAUGUUGAUUGCAAUGUUGUCAUGUUGGUCUCUCCAAGGCCACCCAGUGUAUGCUUUCAUGGGAUAUACCGACCAGAGUCCAGUCUAUAUUUCUGAUAUUGGGGCAACCAACUUGAAGCCACUUUUCAUUUCAUGCGCUGGUUUCCAAGCUAUUUUCUUUGUGGGAACCUUAAUCAUGGAGUACUAUCUUCGUACUGCUAGAAAGUUGCAGCCAUAUGUUUCUACAAAACAACCUAAGUUUGCUAUUGCAAGUAUUAUAUUUGCAGCUAUCGGCCAAUUAGGUAUAUUAUUUGUUUCUAUUUUUGAUACCAAUAGUCAUCAUAAGGUUCACUUAAGUAUGGUGGGUGUUUUCAUCGCAGGUUGUUUCUUUGCUUGUUUCUUCAACUUCUUCAACUCAUUCAUUUUUGGAAAUUAUCCUCACAGAUUGAGUCCAGAUCAUGAAAAGGUCAUUUUUGGUAGACACAGAUGGUCUAAUGUAUACAUGAUAUCUUUCUUCUUGAAGAUUUUCUGGAUGAUGGCUGCUGCUGCAUUUGCCUUAUUGUUUGGUAUAUAUAUGCAAAAGGGUAACGAUGAUUCGUCUGCCAUUUUCGAAUGGACCAUUUCGUUCUGGUACGGUGUCUUAUUGAUCAUGUGGGGUAUUGACUUGUUUCCAUCUGCUGUCAAGCAUUAUAGGGUCAGACAUCCAGAAGAAUUUGACAACAGCUUCAAGCCUUAUGAUGGUAACGAAAAGGAUGACGCAAGAACAAUUCUGACGUAUGGAGCUCCUACAUACGCAAACUUUGACCCAAAUAACCCAGAAGCUCCAAAUCAUACUAAUCAGGACGUUUUAUCAAACGGACCUCCUUCUACUUUAGUCCAGGUUCCAUACAACGAAUUAGACGGCGCUAAUAACUAUAGAAACUACAAUCAAGUAUAA